GUUCACAUUUACAACAUUAGAACCUGUCCUGAGCUCUGAUUUGUCUCACCAGUGAUGUGUCGAAGGAGAAGGCGGGGCUUCGAGCAGACAGCAGUGAGUCAGGAGAGGGGGAGGAGCCUCGCAUUGCCAGAUGGAGAGGCUGUCGUCCCCCUCCGUGGAGCUCACGCUGUCCCGGUAACGUGACCUGGAGGGACGCUGCCUCCGAGCCUUGACGGACAGCUGGGCGCGGCCCUUCUGGAUGCUGUUGUCCAGCAGCUCGGUCUCUGGGAUCGCCUCGUUCAGGUCUGAAACACCAACACAGAGACACAGUCAUGGCGUUCCCUCGGCUGCCUGCCCCGAUGCUGUUGGUUUCAUUCAUCCUUCUUCUCUACUGGACGACCUCCUCAGCAGGGUCACAUGACCCCACCUCAGCUGAUCUGUCUCCGCCCUACAGGGUGAAGAGAGACCUGAAAGACCCGCUCACGGUAGUCAAAGAAGUUAUUGGAAAGAUUGACUCCAGUAGGUUGUCAUCUAUGAUGAAGUCCCUCGCCAACUUUGCCAGCCUGGCGCCCGGCAAGAGCUCUGGUGUUCUCAACAGAGCCUUAACCUUCACCCCUCAGGAAGACGCUCAGAAGGAGCUGUUUGCUGAGGUCAACAGGAAGCUGGACUCUCUCUCCAUCCAGAUCUCCAACCUGGCAACAGACGUGGAGUGGUUCAACUACGCCAGCGUCUACUCUCAAGACGAGGUCCGCAUCCUCACUGCCUGGAACAAGUUCAAUGAGUUUCGUAAGAACAGCGCGUUGGUAGAUAAUGAGGAGGCCAAAGUCCGGCUGGCAAAAGUUUUCACCAGCUACUAUGAGAACACAGCCACUGAGGCCAGUGUGGCCAACCUCUACCUUUACCUGACGGUCAGCAGCACGUCUCUCAGCGGAAACCUCAACGAGCUGCUGAAGAAGAAGUUUAAAUGCGGCAUUCCUGAGAUCGGCAAAUAUAACCUCUAUUUCAGCAGCUUGCUGUGGAAGGGGAUGGUCCUCAACCAGGUCUACUGGAACCUGAUCGGCUUAAAUCCAUCAGGCAAAGAAGAAGAGCACACCCAGAUGUUCAAGAACGUGUACAGAGCUCAGAUAUCAGCUGUGUGGUUCUGCCUGGACAACUAUAAGCAGUACAUGAUAAAGGAUGUGGAGGAGAUCAGCAAAGCAAACAGUCCUGACAACAAACAAAACAUCGCUGUUCAGGUGAAGAAUAAACUGGAUCAGAAGUACAACUGGUACAAAUGGGUGGUGCUGGUUUACAACUCAUCCCAUCUCCACAGGCAACGUCACUUUUGCUGUGGGCUACACUCUGAAAGGAGACAAGACACAGAGCGUAAAUUUGAAGCGUAUUGUCUACCUAUGCUUUGAAGAUAUACAAUGUGAGGGAGGUCCACUGAAAUUACCAGAAUGUUAUUCAACAUUUUUAUUUCCGUAUCUCACAGACAAAGUGACUCGUGCCACCAAUGGGCAAGACGUUGCUGAGACCCGACCACCUGCUAAAUGUAAUUGGUU